ACAACCGGAAGUGUAGUUUGCGGCGUUGUACUGCAAGGUAAACAUGGCGGUCACUGCAGCGACAGCAGCUGUAGGAGAACAAACCCCGACGUCGUCGUCUUCAGGGUCUGUUCCUUUCGACCUGGCACGGCCUCCCGUCAUUGAAGGAUUCUCUCCUUUGCCGAGGCUCAAAGAGGAGACUUUUAAAGAAAAGUUUCUUCGAAAAACAAAGGACAACCCUUUCGUCCCCAUAGGUUGUUUAGGUACAGCUGGAGCCCUGAUGUUUGGCCUUCGAGCGUUCCAUCAGGGCAAAACCAGGCAGUCCCAGAUGCUGAUGAGGGGACGAAUCUUCGCCCAAGGCUUCACUGUGGCCGCCAUCGUCCUUGGCGUCUUUGUGACUGCUUUCAAACCUAAACAGUGAAGAAACGGCGGCACCGCUCGCAACUCAGCCUACCUCCAUUCACCUUGGAAGCAGACUUUGAAAGAACUGAAUAAUGCGUUGAGUAUAUAUAACAGCGAUGAGGAGACAUACUUUAUUGUUUAAGACCUGAUUUACAUAAUGUUAUAUAGGGAGUACAAACUACUCCUUUAUAACGUUAUGUAAGGAAGAUGAUCCAAAUGCAUAGGUCCUUUUUCAGUAAUGCAAGUACUGUACUGUAUACGGAAGAAAUAUUACAUAUACUUAUGCUAUUAAAAAAAUCACAGUACACAUUAAUAA